UUCUCUGUUCUUUAGAAACUCCAUGCUGCCGUGCUGAAAUGAGACAAAACUUGGAGGGAAGGGACUGUAGGGGUUUAUACACAGUGCUGCCCUUUACCACCACUGCUUGACUCUCCUGCACAAUCCUCUCUGCCCAGGAUUAAGUUUUCAUCCAGCCUGUUGCUGAUCGAACUAUUCUGACUUCAGGAGGUGGAAGUGAAGCCAUUCUCUGAGAUCGAUGCGACACCUAAGACUCGUUUGACUCUUGCUGGGCCUGACCUAUGAAAUCAACACAUGGCUAUUAAUAUGUCCUAAUUAUUUUUCCGAAAGAAAAAAGAGAAGAGUGAAGAAAGUAAAGAGGCUGAAGCCAAGUCAAAAGGAGCUGGUAGAACACAGGAAGAACCUUGCCAGAUCAGACUAAACAGCAAGCUAGUCAACUACUUUGCAACAAAUCAGAUUAUCUACAAGGAGUCUACAAAACAGGACAUGGAGGCAAUCUCUGUUCCUCAUCAUCUUCAGAUUUAUCACUGAUGUUUAGCACGCAGGUUCCAUGGACGUUCCAAAAAUUUCUCAAACACUUAUGAGAAGAGCGUUGUUAAGCGAGACAUCUGAUUUUUCGCCAUCAGGCAAGUUGUCUGAGGAUGCUUCCAGGAAAGAAUGAAUAAGACCAGAUUUGUUCUGACGUGCCCAAUCUUUAUAUAGAUACAUAAUCCAGAACAGCAUCUGAUUCCUAGCUUAUUUUCAGAGCUAAGAUGUUUGGGGGACAGUCUCCUGGUUGCCAUGAUACAGCCGCCCAUCCUAGGACUGCUGAAAGAAGGUGGCUGGGCAAGUCCUUCAGAGAAUUGGAAUCUUUUUAAGUGUUGGUGGGGCAGCUGCUAUGUGAGUCUGCACAGAGGAAAAGUGAUACCUGGCAGCCACAGCAGCAUGAAUUCCACAAAUGUGACAGAUGGCACUCUUUCCCGUUGGCAAAAAGCUCUGAUUGGGUUAGUUCUCACAGUCCUCAUCGUGGUGACUGUCUGUGGAAAUGUGAUGGUGUGCCUGGCUGUAUGCUUCAACCGCCGGCUCCGUAGUCUAACUAACUGCUUCAUUGUUUCCCUGGCUUUCACAGACCUUCUACUAGGCCUGCUGGUGGUACCAUUUUCAGCCACCUAUGAAAUCUCCUCCCAUAUAUGGUCCUGGAGCAUUACUUUGUGCAACAUUUACAUUAGCUUGGAUGUCAUGCUGUGCACAGCUUCCAUCCUCAAUCUCUUCAUGAUUAGCCUGGACCGCUAUUAUGCCAUAACAGCACCUCUUCGCUACCCUACCGUAGUCACUCCUCUGCGGGUGGCUGUGGCUAUGGUCCUUAUCUGGGUGGUGUCACUCAUGGUUUCAUUCCUACCCAUUCAUUUGGCUUUGAACACCAAUGGAACUAUACAGAACACGCUCUUGACCAAUGGGAAGCAAGAAUGCAAGCUGGGGGUCAAUAAGCUGUAUGUUCUGGUGGAUGGGCUGCUUACUUUCUACCUCCCUUUGGUUAUCAUGUGCAUCACCUAUUUCCGUAUAUUCAAAAUAGCCAGGGAGCAAGCUAAGAGAAUCAACAACACUACCAGCUUCAGGGCAGUCAGAAGUGUGUUGCCCACUGUGAAGGAACACAAAGCUACAGUGACUCUUGCAGCUGUAAUGGGAGCCUUCAUUAUCUGCUGGUUUCCUUAUUUUACAGUCUUCAUGUACCAAGGCCUGAGGGGUACAGUGUCCGAAACACUGCUGACCAUUGUCAUGUGGCUUGGGUAUGCCAAUUCGGCCUUGAACCCUAUCUUAUAUGCUGCACUAAACAGGGACUUCCGGACAGCUUACCAGCGGUUGCUCAGGUGUCGGAGGGUAGGGCCUGACAUCCGAGAGACUCCCCCGACCCAUGAAAUGAGACACAGAAACUGUGAUCAGGCAAUGAACAUGCUGGAAGAUAAAGCUCUAGAGCUGCAUACAAUGAAUGGUAAGAGGAACUCUCUUAUCCAGGAUGGCAAAGAAAGGAUUCUGACUGCAGCGUAUGAUGCCUCCUCUCCCACUAUCAUGUCUUACUUUCAGAGCGUCUGGUUGGCCAAGGUCCUUCUAAGAGGGAAGCAUGGACCCCAGUGUUUGAGGAGCCCCUGCCAAAUGCACAGAAGACAAGGCAGCUCUCUGUACCCCAUAAAACUUUUUAUUGUGCCUUCUUCUGAGCCAGGACCUGCUUUCUGAGAAGUGGAAUGACUCAAAGAUGGCUCGAGAGGUGGAACAUCUGAAAGGGACACCACUGAACUCCUACUCUCCGGAAAGGCACACCAUCUCCUCUCCUCAAGGUGGUUUGCUUACAGAGCUUGCUAUGCAAGGACCAGGGUAUUACUGUAAUAUUUUUGAGGUGUCAUGUCCCCAUACCUGCGCAGCUGUAUGGUGAUAAAUAGCUGUACGUUCCUUGAUGUUUGUGCACCUGCACUUAGAAAGCAAAAUCUUCAAUCCAAUGUCUUGUCAAUUGGUCAGGACUUGUUUCAUUGAAGAAAUCAGAAGAAAAGCCAAGGCUGAAAUGCUGCCCGUACCGGAGACUGUAGAAUCCUAUGUCUCCCAUAUAAGAACUCUAAGACAAUCUGGGGCUCCAUUUUGUUGCCAGGCUUAUGCUAAAAUGUACCUGAAGAUUCAUUUUUA